GUGCUUGCAAAAGCGAAGCAACGGCGCCGUCGCCGAGAUUCCACAGCCCAGGUGAUAGCUCCACGACGCGUACUGGUAGCCGGCCCCAAGCUCAAGCAGAACCGGAAGCCUUUGCGGCGGGUAGCCUGGGCUUCCUGGAGAAAAGUUUCUUGCGCGAGGUGGUUGGCAACCAUAGUCUGAAGUGCACCAAUACCAAGUACAGCGGCCGCUGCUGCGAUAAGAACCCGGGCAUCAGCUGGCGCCAGUGCCAUAGCCGUUGCCACCACCGCCACCGCUGCCACCAACAGCAGCAAUCAUCAGCCACAACUAUCUACCGGGACGACACUGCUACUGACGAUGAGGUUACGUUUCUCUUGCGCAUCUGGAGCUCGAAGAGCCUUGAGGCGUCCUCCAUCAUGCUCCAGCACGCAGCCAGGACUUGGUCCCGAGCUUCUCGAAGCCUCGUUUGCCAUGCUGCAAUGCGGCCAGUUGCGCCAGCUGCUAUCCCUGCGACGUCAGUGUUGGCGUCACGAUGUUUUGCAGCAGCAGCAAAGAAGCCCAAGAUGGAGGAUGGCACCUUGGAGGGUCGAUAUGCAACGGCUCUCUUUAUGGCAUCCAUGGACAAGUUGGACAAGGUCUACGGUGACUUGCAGGGGCUGCGUGAAAUGAUGGAGUCGUCUCAGGAGUUCAAGUUGGCCAUUGAGACUCCCGGGAUCGAGCCGGAGAGCAAGGUGGCCGCCUUCGAGGCUGUCUGCAAGAAAGCCUCCAUUGAUGGUGCAGUCCUGAACUUCCUGAAGGUCUUGGUGGAAAACAAGCGGGCCCAUCUGCUGUCCCGCAUGAUCGAUAUCUUUGAGAACUUCUACCGCGCAGAGAAGAACUUGGUUCUCUGCAAGGUGACCUCUGCAGCUUCCCUGUCGGAUGGCCAGAAAAAGCAGGUUCAGGCAGCUAUGCAGAAACGGGCUGAGGGCUCCAAGCUUAUCAUGGAGUAUAACACCAAUCCAGCAUUGCUUGGAGGCCUUGUGGUGAAGAUGGACGAGGCCGUGCUCGAUAACUCGGUAUCCACACGCUUGGAGCGUUUGCAGACGCAGCUAUUGGCACCAGUGUAA